CAGUGGUCCCCACGUGUGACUCUACGGAGAGCAGCGCUGAGUUCAGUGCGGCUUUAUUUACUCCUCUUACCCGAAUAUUUACAUUAUUUCUUAUAUUUUUAGCAUUUCAGAGCUUCGUUUGGGUUGUCUUCGGCUUCAAGUUUGAGCUCUUGAGUAUGUCUUACCGUGGAGGCGGUGGCCGAGGAGGUCGUGGUGGAGGUUGGAGAGGCGGCGGAGGAGGUGGUGGUGGUGGAGGUUGGAGAGGAGGUGGUGGUAGAGGAGGUGGACGAGGAGGAGGCAGAGGUGGCUUCAACAACAGACAGCAGGAUUAUGGCCCUCCGGAGCACGUCGUCGCGCUGGGCGAGUUCAUGCACCCCUGUGAGGACGACAUUGUUUGUAAAUGUGUGACAGAGGACAACAAAGUGCCGUAUUUCAACGCUCCUGUGUAUUUGGAGAACAAGGAGCAGAUUGGGAAAGUGGACGAGAUCUUCGGCCAGCUCCGAGACUUUUACUUUUCAGUCAAACUCUCUGAAAACAUGAAGGCAUCAUCGUUCAAGAAAUUACAGAAGUUCUACAUCGACCCCAUGAAGCUGUUGCCGCUCCAGAGGUUCCUCCCCAGGCCCCCGGGUGAGAAGGGGCCUCCACGUGGAGGUAGGGGAGGCGGCAGAGGCGGAGGACGAGGAGGUGGUUUCCGUGGAGGAAGAGGUGGUGGAGGUCGCGGAGGUGGAUUCGGAGGUGGAUUUGGAGGUGGUAGAGGAGGAGGGUUCAGAGGAGGAAGAGGAGGCGGUGGUGGCGGCGGUCGUGGAUUCAGAGGUGGAAGAUGAUGUUGAAGGGAACAGUUUCUUAUCUUCCUCAGUCAAGGCUUCUAUGGAUGAAGCCACAGAGAGAGAAGCAGCCAAUGGAGGCUGGUUCAGUUUUCAGGCUGUAAAAACUGGUGCCUCUUUUCUUACAGCUGAACUUUUACAUUUUUUUUAUAUCUACUGUGUAUUUUUUGGGGAGGAUGUUAUUAUUUCAUGCUAAAUGUGCAGUAAGUGCUAAAUGUUCACGUUUGGCAUGGUUUAGGUGCAGAGAGGCUCUACUGUAUCUGAAAAUCUGGGUGUCCAGUGAUGAAUAGUUUGUUAGUGUGGUGAAGAAAGUGAUAUAAACUGGGGCAUGACUGUUAUUCUGAGUCACUGACAUAUUACAGACUUUACCACAUGGAUUGUACAACAGCAGCGCUACCAUGCUAAUGCUAAAUAAAAUCUGUAGUGUUUGUACA